AUGUUGUUUCUAUACAUACUUAGUUGGGUUGCUCUAAUUAUUCAGUUAUGCAUUGUCACAUUAUCUAUUGCUGCUGGCUUGUUCUACUUGGCAGAGCUGGUCGAGGAGUACACUGUCAUGACUGGAAAAAUUAUCAAGUAUUUAAUUUAUUGUACAAUCUGCGUCUACAUUGGAAUGCUGAUUUUUGAGGAUUUUACGCUGACGAUGAUCUUGGGUGGUCUGGCCAGCUGUGCUGCUCAUCUCUUUAUACUCCAACAUUUCCCAUAUUUUUACUUGUCUUCACCACCUUUUGUUAGUGCUGUAGUUCUCCUGUUAUUCAACCACUAUGUGGCUUUCUCAUAUUUUUCAACAAACUGGUAUCCAUUUGCUGAGGUGCUUGCUUACUUUACUUUGUGCUUGUGGUUGGUGCCAUUUGCAUUUUUUGUAUCUCUCUCUGCCAAUGAAUAUGUCUUGCCAACAACUUCUGGAAUACCUGGCAUGACUGAAACAGAUGACAGUGACGUGGUUAGCAAUUAUUUCCGGAAAAAUAAAAAGAAAUUUGGGUUGCUCUCAUUUCUCAAGUCCGCCCAGGAGAGUGUUCUUCCUCAGAGGAUGCGAAAGCAGUUUUAA